AUGGCUGCCAUCAACACGCCCGUGAGCGUCGCAGAAGUGGCCGAGCAGGCUGGAAACUACACCUACGAUGCGCACAUUCCCCUGGCAAACUGGCUGCGCACUGCCAAUACCAUGCAGAAAGAGGCACAAGUCUACGAAGCAGAAGGCAACGAUGCGCAGACAUACCUCCUGCUAUACCGCCACGCCGACCUUAUCCUUCAGAAACUACAGGGCCACCCCGACCGCAACAAGCCCGAGAAUCGCAAGGCGCUGAAUGCUGCCACAGCCGCCGUCAGCCGGGACCUGAAGAAGCUCGAGGAAAUUGCGCCCCGGAUAAAGAAGAGACAUGAGGAUUACGAGGCAAGGCGCAAGAGGCAGCAAGAGAUGCUCAAGUCGUUGGAAGGCAAGACUGCUAGUUCUGCUUCUCAAGAACUCGACGGGUCCAGGAGAAGGUCGUAUGACUCGAGACGGACUAUUGACGCGCGCGCUCAAGAUAAUCAUUUGCUGGCUGCGAGACUGGCACAGCGAGAAGUAAGGAGGAGAGCUACGAACAGGAUAAGUGUGGGACAGCAUAAUGUUUUGGAAGCAGACGACCCGGCACGGCGUUCUGGUGGUACCUUGGAUAGUUGGCAAAAUGAGUGGACGCAGCACGGCAGCGACAGAGAUGAUAUUUCUAGCCAGAUACAAGAGGUUGCUAGGUUGCAGCAAAAUGGCCAGAGAGCAUCGUACUCGUCCCAUCCAGCAUCUCAGUCAACAUCUACAUACCAUUACCCAACUGUUCCUCACAAAACAGCACAAGAGACAUGGAACGACUCCCAAUCGAGUGGUGUUCCACCAACGAGACCCCCAAAGGAACAAAUAUACAGGUCUUCAGGUCUCCCCAUGGUGCCUCCACCACUGCCUCCCAAGCCUGCGGCCUCUCCAUACGAUUCGCGAUCAGAACGUCCACGCCCUCCACCUGUACCAGGCAAGAUCUCGGAAAGCGCACUACCAUUGCCAGGCAAAGUACUCGACCAGCGUCCACUCACUCCUUCUGGAGAAUUGGACGAGUUCACCUUCAAGCCCUCUGCCUAUCUUGAAAACGGAGAUCCGCUUCGUCCCGUCUUUCUGCCGUCUCAACUCCGCAACCAGUUUCUUUCCCUCGCAUCAUCCAACACUCGUCUCAACCUCGAAACAUGCGGUAUGCUUUGCGGAAUAUUAAAAUCCAACGCCCUCUUCAUCACGCGCUUAAUAAUCCCCGAACAAACAAGUACCAGCGACACGUGCGAGACUUUGAAUGAAGAGGAACUCUUUGACUACUGCGAUAAAGAAGAAUUAAUGGUCCUAGGUUGGAUACACACACACCCAACCCAAACAUGUUUCAUGAGCAGUCGCGAUUUACACACGCACGUCGGAUACCAAGUCAUGAUGCCCGAAAGCAUAGCCAUUGUCUGCGCUCCCACUAAACAACCUAGCUGGGGCUGCUUCCGUCUCACUGACCCCCCAGGUAAACAAGCAAUACUCAGUUGUACCCGCCCAGGCAUCUUUCAUCCUCACGACGUGGAUAAUAUUUACACCGAAGCGCUUAAACCGGGGCAUGUGGUGGAAUUGAUGGAUGCGCCGUUGGAGUUGGUGGAUAUGAGGCCGAAGAAGAAGUUUUAA